AUGCUGUGGUCGGCGACAGUGAGAAUGUUGGCGUUUGGCGUUGCAUUUUGUGGACUGUAUUUGGUCGCGGGUCAAGCCACGAUCGUUGGACGACUUACGGACGAUGUGGAGUUUAUCGAUCCGACGGUUGGACUUGGCCCAGGAGGUACGGCCAGCGGCAUUCCGCUUGGACCGCGAGGAUUCCGUGGAUUUGAAAUACUGCCCAGACCGGAACCCUCGUGGAAGGCGGGCGCAACGCUGGUUGCGGACAAUCCGGAGCAGCAGAUCAUGGGAACGAUUUCCUUCCGCCAGUGGGCUCCGGGUCACGUCCAAACGGCCAUCAAUGCCACCGGGCUGCCGGUGGGGAAGCACGCGGUCCACGUGCACGCGUUCGGUGAUAUGCGCGAGGGAUGCAAAUCGACCGGGCCACACUUUCGCAGCAGUAUUAUUGGUAACAUCGAGGUAAAGGAGGACGGUAACGCGAUGAUCGACUUUCACAGCCCGUAUAUUAAUCUGUUCGGGUUUGCCGGCAUCGUUGGCCGCUCGAUCGUGGUACACGAGAAACCGUCCGAGGUCUACCGGUUUCCGGACCUAUCAAUUAACAACCCGAUAUCGUUCCAAGGUGAGGAGGAUACUGUCGGGGCACGAAUUGCCUGCGGUCUUAUAACGAUUCUUGAUAAUGUUGCACCUUAG